CGGUGGCGGCGACGUCUCCUCCUCCUCAGCGCCGGCCGGACCCUCCGGGAGACGCGGCGCGGCCCGGGCGCUCCGGCUGCGGGGGCGCUGGGGGCGGCUUGACAAGAAUUUCGCCCGCUGACAACUUCUUCUCCGCCGCGCCCCUCCGCCGCCCCCCGGCCCCCGCACCUGGCUGCUCAGCCGGCGGCCACCGCCCGCCCGUCCCGCUCGCGGGGCCCGAGGCCGGGUGCGGGCGGCGGCGGCUCCUCCUCAGCAUGGCCCGGGGCGGCGGCGGCGCGGCGGGCCCGGGGCGGCCGCGGGGGUCCUCGCCCGGCCCCGAGCGGCGGCAGCGGCCCCGGGGAGCCCGCGCGGCGCCCGAGAGCCCCGGCCGGGACGCGGGGGAGCGCGGCGGGCGGCCGGCGACAAAGUUGAGCGCGGGCCGGAGGCGCGGAUGGUGGGCGCUCCUGGCGCUGCAGCUGCACUUGCUCCGGGCGCUGGCUCAAGAAGAUGUUGUGCCGUAUUUUAAAACAGAGCCGGGCCUACCACAGAUUCACCUGGAAGGCAACCGCCUUGUUCUCACCUGCCUUGCUGAAGGGAGCUGGCCUUUAGAGUUCAAGUGGAUGCACAAUGACCGUGAGCUCACCACCUACACCAGCGAAUAUAAGUAUAUUAUCCCGUCUUUACAGAGGCUUGAUGCUGGGUUUUACCGCUGUGUGGUGCGAAACAGGAUGGGAGCUCUCUUGCAGAGAAGAUCAGAAGUUCAAGUCGCAUAUAUGGGAAAUUUCAUGGAUGCAGACCAGAGGAAAACAGUGUCUCAAGGACAUGCAGUAGUUCUCAACUUACCAUCCAUCACCAGCUUCCCAAGACCGCAAGUGACCUGGUUCAGAGAAGGGCACAAGAUCAUUCCCAGCAACAGAAUAGCCAUCACGCUGGAGAACCAACUGGUAAUCCUCGCCGCGACCGCGGGUGACGCUGGGGCUUACUACGCGCAGGCCGUCAACGAGCGGAACGGGGAGAACAAGACCAGUCCCCUCAUUCACUUGAGUGUCGCAAGAGAGGUUGGCACCCCCGAAACCAUGGCGCCCGUCAUUGUGAUCCCCCCAGGCAACAGAAGUGUGGUGGCCGGAUCCAGUGAGACCACCUUGGAAUGCAUCGCCAAUGCCAGGCCUGUCGAGGAGCUGCACGUGACCUGGAAGAGGAACGGGAUGAAGGUCGCUGGGGGGCUCCACAGCCAUGGGAGACGCCUCACCAUCAGCAACCCGACGUCCGCCGACACCGGGAUGUACGUCUGUGAGGCGACGCUGAGAGGACGCGUGUUCGACGCGGCCACAGCGCAAGCCUUUCUGGCUAUCAUAGAGCCACCGUAUUUUACUGCUGAACCCGAGAGUCGGAUUUUAGCGGAAGUGGAAGAUACCGUGGACAUCGUGUGUCGAGCCAUGGGGGUCCCUCUUCCCACUCUGCAGUGGUUCAAGGACGCCACGGCCAUCGGCAAGCUCCAGGGUCCCCGGUACGAGAUGCUGUCAAGUGGAGGCCUGCGGAUCCAAAAGCUGCGUCCUGAGGACUCGGGGGUCUUCCAGUGCUUUGCCAGUAAUGAAGGAGGGGAGAUCCAGACCUAUACCUACCUGGACGUCACCAAUGUCGCCCCAGCGUUUACUCAGCUUCCGAUGGACACCACGGUCACCGAUGGGAUGAUGGCCGUCCUGAGGUGCGAGGUGUCCGGAGCCCCCAAGCCCGCCAUCACAUGGAGGAGAGGAAAACAUAUUUUGGCCAGUGGCUCCGUGCGGAUUCCUAGGUUCAUGCUUCUGGAGUCUGGGGGUCUGCAGAUCGCCCCCGUCUUCCUCCAGGAUGCUGGGAGCUACACCUGCUACGCAGCCAACACGGAGGGGUCCCUGAACGCGUCUGCAGCCUUAACUGUUUGGAAUCGCACGUCCAUCGUUAACCCUCCAGAGGACCGCGUGGUGAUUAAGGGGACCACUGCCACGCUGCACUGUGGAGCCACUCACGACCCCCGGAUUGCCCUCCGCUACAUCUGGAAGAAGGACAACACAGUCAUCACCCCAUCUAGCAGUUCCAGGAUCGUGGUAGAGAAGGACGGGUCCCUCCUCAUUAGCCAGACGUGGUCGGGUGACAUUGGAGACUACACCUGUGAAAUCGUGUCUGAAGGAGGGAACGAUUCCAGGACGGCCCGGCUAGAGGUGAUUGAACUGCCUCACUCACCUCAGAAUCUGCUGGCCAACCUGAACUCUUCCCACAGCCACACAGUGAUGCUGUCUUGGGUUCGACCAUUUGAUGGAAACAGCCCGGUGCUUUAUUACAUCGUGGAGCUGUCUGAGAACAACUCUCCAUGGAAAGUACAUCUGUCAAAUGUCGGCCCCGAGAUGACAGGCGUCACCGUGCGCGGCCUGACUCCAGCUCGCACCUAUCAAUUCCGGGUGUGUGCCGUGAAUCAAGUGGGCAAAGGCCAGUACAGUGCAGAGACAAGCAGGUUGAUGUUACCUGAAGAGCCGCCCAGUGCUCCCCCAAAGAAUAUCGUAGCCAGUGGACGUACCAAUCAGUCCAUCAUGGUCCAGUGGCAACCGCCCCCAGAAACAGAGCACAAUGGGGUGCUGCGUGGGUAUAUCCUCAGGUACCGCCUGGCCGGCUUGCCGGGAGAACACCAGCAGCGCAACAUCACCAGCCCGGAGGUCAACUACUGCCUGGUGACAGAGCUGAUCAUCUGGACGCAGUACGAGAUCCAGGUGGCCGCCUACAACGGGGCGGGCCUGGGCGUCUUCAGCAGGGCCGUGACCGAAUACACCCUCCAGGGAGUGCCUACUGCACCCCCACAGAACGUGCAGACAGAAGCUGUGAAUUCCACAACCAUCCAAUUCCUCUGGAACCCUCCGCCUCAGCAGUUCAUCAAUGGCAUCAACCAGGGAUACAAGCUCCUCGCGUGGCCAGCUGAGGUCCCUGAGGCCACCACUGUGGUCACCAUUGCGCCAGAUUUCCACGGAGUCCACCACGGGUAUAUAACGAACCUGAAGAAGUUCACGGCGUACUUCACCUCCGUUCUGUGUUUCACCACUCCGGGGGAUGGGCCUCCGAGCACGCCUCAGCUCAUCUGGACUCAUGAAGACAAACCAGGAGCUGUGGGACAUCUGAGUUUCACGGAGAUCCUGGACACAUCCCUCAAGGUCAGCUGGCAGGAGCCCCUGGAGAGAAACGGCGUCAUCACAGGCUACCAGGUUUCCUGGGAGGUGUACGGUAGGAACGGCUCCCGGCUCACCCACUCCCUCAGUAACACGACGCAUGAGUACAAAAUCAAAGGACUGUCGUCACUCACCACCUAUACCAUCGAUGUGGCCGCUGUCACCGCCGCAGGGACUGGCCUGGCCACCUCAUCCACCAUUUCUUCUGGAGUGCCCCCAGAGCUCCCUGGCGCCCCGUCUAAUCUGGUCAUUUCCAACAUCAGCCCCCGCUCAGCCACGCUUCAGUUCCGACCAGGCUACGAUGGGAAGACCUCCAUCUCCAGGUGGAUCGUCGAGGGUCAGGUUGGAGCCAUCGGUGAUGAGGAGGAGUGGGUCAGCCUCUACGAGGAGGAGAAUGAGCCUGAUGCCCAAAUGUUGGAGAUCCCAAACCUCACGCCGUACACUCAUUACAGGUUUCGCAUGAGGCAGGUGAACGUCGUCGGUGCCAGCCCCUUCAGCCAGUCAUCCCGGGUCAUCCAGACCCUGCAGGCCCCCCCCGAUGUGGCCCCCACCAGCAUCACUGUGCGAACAGCCAGUGAGACCAGCCUGCGGCUCCGCUGGGUGCCGCUGCCUGAUUCCCAGUACAACGGGAACCCCGAGUCGGUGGGCUACAGGAUUAAGUACUGGCGCCCCGACCUCCAGGCCCCGGCGCUGGCGCAGGUCAUCCACGACCGGCUGGAAAGGGAGUUCACCAUCGAGGGGCUGGAGGAGUGGACGGAGUACGAGCUCCAGGUGCAAGCGUUCAACGCCAUCGGGGCCGGGCCCUGGAGCGAGGUGGUGCGGGGCCGCACGCGGGAGUCAGUUCCUUCAGCCGCGCCUGAAAACGUGUCGGCUGAGGCCGUCAGCUCCACCCAGAUUUUACUGACAUGGGCUUCGGUGCCUGAACAGGACCAGAAUGGGCUCAUACUGGGCUACAAGAUCCUGUUCCGGGCCAAAGACCUGGACCCCGAGCCCCGCAGUCACGUCGUGCGAGGGAACCACACGCAGUCGGCGCUGCUGGCAGGACUCCGCAAGUUCGUGCUGUACGAGCUGCAGGUGCUGGCGUUCACCCGCAUCGGCAACGGCGUGCCCAGCUCGCCCCUCGUCCUGGAGCGGACCAAGGACGACGCCCCGGGCCCACCAGUAAGGCUCGUGUUCCCAGAAGUGAGACUCACAUCCGUGCGGAUCGUGUGGCAGCCGCCGGAAGAGCCCAACGGCAUCGUUCUGGGGUACCAGAUCGCCUACCGCCUGGCCAGCAGUAGCCCCAACACGUUCACCACGGUGGAGGUGGGUGCCACCGUGAGACAGUUCACGGCCACCGAGCUGGCCCCAGAGUCUGCGUAUAUCUUCAGGCUGUCAGCCAAGACGAGGCAAGGCUGGGGGGAGCCGCUGGAGGCCACCGUCAUCACCACUGAGAAGAGAGAGCGGCCAGCGCCCCCGAGAGAGCUCCUGGUGCCACAGGCCGAAGUGACCGCACGCAGCCUCCGACUCCAGUGGGUCCCGGGCAGCGACGGGGCCUCCCCCAUCCGCUACUUCACCGUGCAGGUGCGAGAGCUGCCCGGGGGCGAGUGGCAGACCUACUCCUCGUCUGUCAGCCAUGAGGCCACAGCCUGUGCUGUCGAAAGGCUGAGACCCUUCACUUCCUACAAGUUGCGCCUGAAAGCGACCAAUGACAUCGGCGACAGUGACUUCAGUGCAGAGACGGAUGCAGUGACCACGCUGCAGGACGUUCCGGGAGAGCCUCCAAGUUUCAUCUCGGUGACACCGCACACCACCUCCUCGGUCCUGAUCCAGUGGCGGCCUCCAAGGGAUGAGAGCCUGAACGGCCUUCUUCAGGGUUACCGGAUCUACUACCGGGAGCUGGAGUCUGAGGCAUCCUCAGCCACCGUGUCCAAGACGCUCAAAACCCCUUCAGCUUUACGGGCCGAGCUUACAGCCCAAAGCAGCUUCAAGACCGUGAACAGCAGCUCCACGUUAACGACGUAUGAAUUAACACGUCUGAAGAGGUACCGGCGCUACGAGGUCAUCCUGACGGCCUACAACAUCAUCGGCGAGAGCCCAGCCAGCGCGCCCGUGGAGGUGUUCGUCGGCGAGGCUGCCCCGGCCAUGGCUCCGCAGAACAUCCAGGUGACCCCGCUCACGGCCAGCCAGCUGGAGGUCUCAUGGGACCCGCCACCACCAGAAAGCCAGAACGGGAACAUCCAGGGCUACAAGGUUUACUACUGGGAGGCAGACAGCCAGAACGAAACAGAGAAGAUGAAGGUCCUGUUCCUGCCAGAGACCGUGCUGAAGCUGAAGAAUCUGACCAGCCACACCCAGUAUCUGGUCAGCAUCUCCGCCUUCAACGCGGCGGGAGACGGGCCGCAGAGUGACCCCCGGCAGGGACGCACCCAUCAGGCCGCUCCCGGGACCCCCAGCUUUUUGGCGUUCUCAGAAAUAACCUCUACCACGCUUAACGUCUCGUGGGGCGAACCAGCAGCAGCCAACGGCGUCCUACAGGGCUACCGAGUGGUCUACGAGCCCUUAGCACCAGUCCAAGGAGUGAGCAAGGUGGUGACAGUGGACGUGAAGGGGAACUGGCGCCGCUGGCUGAAGGUGCGCGAUCUCACCAAGGGAGUCACCUACUUCUUCCGCGUGCAGGCGCGGACCAUCGCCUACGGGCCCGAGCUGCAAGCCAACGUCACAGCCGGGCCAGCGGAGGGCUCCCCAGGGUCCCCCAGAGAUGUCUUGGUCACCAAGUCAGCCUCCGAACUGACCCUGCAGUGGACCGAGGGGAAUGCAGGCAGGACGCCCACCACCGGCUACGUCAUCGAGGCCAGGCCCUCAGAUGAAGGCCUCUGGGACGUGUUCGCGAAGGACAUCCCCCGAGGCGCCACGUCCUACACUGUCAGCCUGGACAAGCUCAGGCAGGGAGUGACCUACGAGUUCCGGGUGGUGGCCGUGAACCAGGCGGGCUAUGGGGAGCCCAGCAGCCCCUCCACGGCCGUGUCAGCUCAAGUGGAAACCCCGUUCUAUCAGGAGUGGUGGUUCCUGCUGGUGAUGGCCCUUUCCAGCCUGAUCGUCAUCCUGCUGCUGGUGUUUGCCCUGGUCUUGCACGGACAGAACCGGAGAUACAGGAGCUGCAGCACAGGUAAGAGCAUCUCCAACAUGGAGGAGACCGUGACCCUGGACAACGGAGGGUUUGCUGCCUUGGAGCUCAACAGCCGCCAUCUCAACGUCAAGAACACCUUCUUGAAGAAGAACGGGACCAGGUCCCCGCCCCGGCCCAGCCCCGGCGGGCUGCACUACUCAGAUGAGGACAUCUGCAACAAGUACAACGGAGCUGUGCUGACCGAGAGCGCCAACCUUAAGGAGAAGUCGGUGGACGCUUCGGAAUCCGAGGGCACUGACUCCGAGUCCGAGGACGCGCCCCCCCAGCACUCCUUCGUCAACCACUACAUGAGCGACCCCACCUACUACAACUCGUGGAAGCGGCGGGCCCCGGGCGGCCGUGCCCCGCACAGGUACGAGGCUGUGGCGGGCAGCGAGGCGGGGCCGCACCUGCACACCGUGGUCACCACGCAGAGCGCCGUGUUUGCGCCCACGGGCCCUGGCGCCCGGACUCCACUCACCGGCUUCUCUUCCUUCGUGUGACGGCCCCAGCGGGGCCUCAGCGGACCUCCCAGCCUCCUUUUGUUAAGACAAUCAACUCCAAUAACUGAGCUCAAGCUUUUGUUUAAAGAGAAUUCUGAUAAGUGAUGAUUUUACCUACUUGUGGACACUAGAUUUCAAUUAGGAAGGUUUUUUUAACGGCUUUUUGUAACAUCGCUGCAGGAAGCGGGUUUCUUUGUUUUCUUUUCUUUUUACGAGAAGGUGUAUUUCAGUGGUGCAAUGGCGGGAACGCCUCAGAGCCCCCAGCCCCCUGCCCCGGGUUUCCCGAGAUCCCGAUGCCUGACUAGGGAGGCUGCGGGGGGAGGAAGAGCGGGGAUCCAGGGAGCUGUCCGCCCGCAUCCAGGGCGCUCCUUCCGCUUCUCUACCUCCUGUGCCUCCGGAGAACCAGUCAUACACCAGGGUCCCCAUCGGUGACACCGACCAACUGGGCUCUCGCUGCCUCCUGGGGCCGCAGAGUGAAGUCUGCCCUGGGCUGGGCCCUUUUCGACCUGACGGCAUCCACCUCUGAAAUAUUCUCCCUCCGCAGUUUCUAGGCAAGGAAUCGGCAUCCAGGUUCCUGGCAAGGGGGCAAGAGAUUGCAAGGUGGGGUCCUCAGACCCUGCGAUGACUCCGUUGGCCUCACCCUGUGUCACUGCAGCGGUGAAACACCGGGGCUUUUUCUUCCUUUCUCUCCUUAAACCCAACGGUGCAGAGCAGGAAACCACCCCCGGGGCCGGAAGCCGCCACGCUGGCCCUCACUUAGCGAGCUAGCUCCUUCCCGAGAACACAGCACACGGCCAACCCCACUAACCCAGAGAGAACCAGACGGCGCUUGCAGAAUAAUUGCUUGUUGUGUAAGACGUGUGCAUUGUUAACCAGAGUAUUUUUUAAAUCUUUUUAUCUUUUUUUAAAAUAUGUCACAUGAAAUGAAUGAGUCUCUGCUGUC